AUGAGCUCUCGAAUGCCAUGGCGACUCUGCCAGAGUAGUCGACCUUUACGCCAAUGGCCACUUGUUACAGCCAGCUCAUUGCUACAGUCAUCAAUUGCGCUGCGAAUAGCAUCCCGUUCCAUCCAUAAUGAUGGUCCAAAGAACUUGAACCCGCUCAUCAACCCUCCCGACGUCACGCGACCACCGCCGCUCACUCUUCCUCGACGCAGAGACUUUGAAUCGGCACCCAAAUAUUAUUUUGAGCUGGGAAAAGGAUACCUCAAGUUCUACAAACAGGGUCUCAAGAAUGUAUGGACGAGCCGACGUCUUCUUCGCGAAAAGCUCCAGCGAACGCCCGCCGAUGAUCGACCAUCCAUUUUCCGACCUCACUAUGUUCCCAAGACAUUCUCAAGAGCCGACUGGGUCCUUCUCUGGCGGGUGCGACACGAUAUGAUACGACUGCCUCUGUUUGGACUAAUGUUGGUUGUCAUUGGGGAAUUCACCGUUCUGGUCGUUGCCUACGUUGACGCUGUUGUACCAUACCCAUGCAGGAUACCUACCCAAAUAUUCUCGGCGCUAGAGAAGGGAGAGCAGCGUCGCAAGGCUUCCUUUGAUGAGCUGGAAGCAAAGUACCCUCACGGCGUCCUUAGCCCACGUGUUACACAAGCCGUCGCCCGCGCGCAUGUCCUCAAGAGUCUACACCUGAGCGGUACCAUAUGGGAUCGUCUAGGCUUUAUGCCUCCUGGCAUGUGGCAAGCCAAGGGACGGUAUCGCAUGGCGUAUCUGGAGGGUGAUGACAAGAACAUCCUGGAGGACGGUGGACCUAUGGGACUACACUACGAAGAGCUAAGGAUUGCGUGCGCAGAACGAGGUAUCGACACGCUUGGCAAGAGUGAGACGGAGUUGAGAGGAUGGCUCGGUGACUGGCUACGCUUGACGGCCUCUGAGGAUAUCGAUGAGAGAAGACGACGCAUGGCCGUCUUGUUUCUAACUAGACCAGAAUACUGGCCUCAACAUCGGGAUUUCGCUGUGCCUGAGUGGCAGUUGUAA